CCCAAAAUAAUAAAAUAAAAAAUCAAAGGAGCUUCCUUUUUUCCGCUCUCGUCUCCGUUUACCCUUUUGGUUUGGUUAUUCCUUUAAAACCUUUGGCUCAUUGUAGAAUCAAAUCCUCUUUAUCUUUCAUUGUUUCCCUUGAAUUAGCUCUGAAAAGGUUCUUCAUUCUUCUCCCUUGGAUUGCUCUGAACAAAAGAAUAAAGACCAUGGAUGAACUUCAUGGAAACAAUGGUCGUAUGCACAUUGGCGUAGCGCAAGAUCCAAUGCAUGUGCAGUAUGAUCAUCACGGCUUGCACCAUAUCGACAAUGGAAACGGUAUGAUGGAUGAACAUACUGAUGGUGGGAUGGAUGAAGGAGUGGAGACAGACAUUCCUUCUCACCCUGGAAACUCAGCUGAUAAUCGCGGUGAAGUUGUAGACCGUGGUAUCGAAAAUGGAGAUCAAUUGACAUUGUCAUUCCAGGGACAAGUUUAUGUUUUUGACCGUGUCUCGCCUGAGAAGGUUCAAGCUGUCCUUUUGUUACUUGGUGGACGUGAAGUACCCCAGACACUCCCGACAUCCCUAGGAUCACCUCAUCAGAUCAAUAGGGGUCUAUCUGGUACUCCUCAACGGCUUAGCGUCCCGCAGCGGUUAGCUUCUUUGCUCAGAUUUAGGGAGAAACGAAAAGGGAGGAAUUUUGAUAAGACAAUUCGCUACACUGUGAGGAAAGAGGUAGCCUUGAGAAUGCAACGUAAGAAAGGACAGUUCACAUCGGCUAAAUCAAGCAAUGAUGAUUCUGGAUCCACUGGAUCGGAUUGGGGGUCAAACCAGAACUGGGCCAUAGAAGGGACUGAGACUCAGAAGCCAGAGGUUUUAUGUCGACACUGUGGAAUAAGUGAGAAGUCAACUCCAAUGAUGCGACGUGGACCUGAUGGGCCAAGAACACUUUGUAAUGCAUGUGGACUAAUGUGGGCAAACAAGGGAACUCUUAGAGACUUGUCCAAAGUCCCUCCUCCUCAAACACCUCAGCAUCUACCUCUGAAUAAGAAUGAGGAUCCAAAUCUUGAGGCUGAUCAAAUGAAUGGAGUAGCUGAUGACAUUAGCAACUCACAGUGAGAACUGAGAAACCAUUCAAGCAAGAAAUUAUCUCAACAGAAACAGUUAUCAUUUUCUUUUAUGAUGGAAUCGAAUCUGAGUUGGGUUUAGGGUUUCUCUGGGUUCAUAAUCUGUUGUAAUCUCUGAGUCUUUGUGGACACCUUUUAAUCUUUUACAAAUUAUAAGAUACUCUUCACUUA